AUGGGAGUCUUUUCAGGAUGUACAAUUUCCCUGGAUUUUAGUAACUCCACGAAAGUGAAGGAGAAAAAUGAGCUGAGGCAGUUGGUGACUGACGCUGGUGGCGUUCUGUCCUUCAUACUCAACAAGCAGUGCAAAUUUUUGGCCACAAAUGAUGCUGAAAAAACGAAGAAUUCCAGCAAAUGCCAAAUGGCAAUUAAGCUUGAUAUCGCAGUUGUGUCAACGGCCUACUUGUAUGAAUGUGUGUCAGCUGGUGCUUUGCUUGACGUUGCAAGGUACAAAAUUAUUCCCAGUGCUUCUGAACUUUCUUUUGAAAGAGGAAUUAUAUCUGACGGGAAGAUGACGAAGCCAGGUUCAACGUUGUCAAUGUUGACUGCUUCACAAUCUGUGAACCUGAAGGUCUGGAGAGCUACUGAUGCAAGGAAACCACAAUUUGAUGAAGAUGAUUACCAUGUCGUGGAUUAUGCAGUUUUUCUGAGUUCUGUGAAAAGGGUCAAACAAUUGAAAAAAAUAUUGUACGAAGUUCUUGAACUCCAUGCCAGUGAAGUUCCUUCUUCAAACAAAUUUUAUCAUUUCAGAAUAGUGUCAUGCACUGGCCAAUUAAAUGCUGAAAAUGAGACGCUGGACUCGAUAGACAAGUUGGAAUAUAGGUACACAGAUGAUUCAUGCACUGCCAUGACAACAUUUUCAAAAUUGUUUGACGUCAUCUCUGCCAAUUCUGAAAUGAAGCCCACUUCAAAUCCAGGGAAAUAUGCUUGCUCCGUUAAGCUGGAAGAGGCGUGUCUCCUUCGUAGCAAGGCUAUGUGCAUGACGAUAAAUCGUCCAGAAGAUGGGAAUUUGGUGGAACAAGUUUGGCAAGAGUCCGUCGGAUCACUUGAUAAUCUUCUGGACUGCCCACUUUCCACUAUCAAAACAAAGGUUGACAAAGUGGAAGCCAUUCUAGUGCAGAUAAAGCAGAAGCUGUCGGGAAAUUCCACUAAGCCAUCGUCGUCGUCAUCGUCAUCGCUGUUGUAUGCAAACGACAAUUCUAAAUCACUCGGUCAGCUGCUGGACGAAUUUUAUGACCUUGUACCACACAAGGCGGCCCAUCAAAAAAUGGACGUUGAUUCAAAAUGGCUGGCUUCUAAAUUCGAUCUAUGCCAGCUAAUUCGGGAUAUGUUAAAUCUCUCUGAAACUACCGGGUUUUCCGACAAAUGUCCAACCAUUACUAAAUAUAGAUCAUUAAAAUGCUCCAUUAAUCUAUUAGACGAAAGUGAAAGUGAAUAUUCUGACGUCAUCAACUUCAUCAACCAAUCAAAGCUUCAACAGGAUGGAUAUCCUGACAUAAGCAUCAAGAAAAUUUUUAGCAUCCACAAGCCAUUUGAAGCAUCUCUGUUCCAAGAGAAUACAAGGAAGAAUUUCGAUAAAAAUGACAACACUGUGAGGUUGUUUCAUUGCUCGAGACCUGAAAACGUUGUCGGCAUUUUAUCAAGAGGCUUGCUACUGCCAAAAGUCUUGGAUGAAAGAAUCGGCGGACCCUUGAACGAAGUGAGAAGAUUGGGCGGGGGUAUCUAUUUUGCUGAAUCGGCGAGUGUUAGUAGCUUGUACUCGAUGAAAUCUGACCACACAUCCUCCCGUUACAUGUUCAUAUGUGAGGUCAAUUUAGGGCUGGAGCAGGAGGUCACGAAGGAGUGCCCAGAACUGACCUCACCCCCUCAUGGCUACCACAGCGUCCACGCACUUUCGUCAAGGAAAGAUCCGUUAUCAGUAUUUAAGGAUGAUGAGUACGUUAUCUAUUCGACUAAUCAGCAGAUGCUUAAAUAUUUGGUUGAAUUUAAUUGGUCGACGGAUGGGGUAAAGUGUAACGAGGAUUUGUAUCCGUGCGUCCCAUUGGUCGGAAGUGAAUUGAAUGCUGGCGUUCAUGAAGUUUCUCUCAAAUUGAUGGACUUAGCAAGUGAUGACGUAGCAAAAAUGGCUGACCCUUUGACGAAAGUGAAGGCCGGUCUGUUGACGUCAUCGGGAGAGGAGAGCGUGCCAAUGAAGUCUGUUGACGUGUUUGUCAAGAUGGUUGAUUUGGUAGCCGAGGUUGUUAUACUGCAAGAGUAUUUCGAAGCAAAGAAGGCUGUCAAAGGUGUUAAAACUAUGCCUGGAGAACCUACUUUCACAGAAGUUAAGUACGUUCUACCACUGGACGACAUGGCUACUGUGUGUGGAUUUGAAGCUUUCAUCAAUGAUAAGCAUAUAAUUGCUGAAGUGAAAGAGAAGGAAAAAGCGAGAAAAGAAUACAAGGAGGCAGUCAGCAAAGGACAUGGUGCGUAUCUUAUGGACCAAGAUGAACAAGUACCGGAUCUUUUCACCAUAAGCAUUGGCAACCUGCCUGACGAUUGCAACGCCGUCAUAAAGAUAACAUACGUAACUGAACUAUCAGUAGAUGCACACGGAAACAUCUGUUUCAAACUUCCGGGGUGUGUUGCUCCUUGGAAACAGGACGACAUGAUGGGUGACCUCACUCAGAGAGCCACGAGAACGGAUUGGGUGCAUUCGGGAGAUGUCACGAAAACAAACCUUCAGGUCAUGGUUGAGAUGCCCUCUGAGAUAAGGUCAAUAACGUCGCCCACUCACGUCAUCAGGGUCAAGGUGGAAACAGCGACAAAAGCUGUGGUGGAAACGGCACCGAACGUUCGACUGAACAGGGGAUUCGAACUUGUCGUAGCACUGGCACAGAUCCACGUGCCACGAAUGUGGGUGGAACAACAUCCAGACCAGCAGGACAGCAGGGCCUGCAUGUUAACUUUCUACCCCGAGUUUGAGAGUACAUCAUUGGACAAAUAUGAGAUCGUCUUCAUUGUCGACCAAUCACAAUCGAUGGCCCAUUCCAAGGCGUUCGAGACCGCCAGAAUGGUGCUGAUGAUGUUUUUGAAGAGAUUACCCGACAACUGUUUAUUUAACAUCAUUCUCUAUGGAACAGACUUUUCAAGGUUAUUUGUCGCAAGCAAGCACGUAAAUGAAUCAACGUUAAAAGAAGCACGUGGAUUUUUGGAAAAAUCAACAUCACUUUUGGGAAACACAGAUCUCUUCCCGAUCUUGAAAAAGUAUUUGAUCCUUUCAUCUCCAUCACUGACCAGGAAUCUGCUGCUGAUAAGUGAUGGCUACUUGGAUAGCGAAGCGGAAGUAUUCCGGAUUGUGAAGCAAUUUCCAGACACAACGAGAUUGUUCUCUGUUGGAGUAGGAACAACAGCCAACAACUAUUGUUUGAAAAACUUGGCGCGCGUCGGUCAUGGAACCUAUGAAUAUUUUGACGACCUCUUCAAGUUUAAAUGGCAAGCUAAAGUAAACAGUCACCUGGAAAAAUUCAUCCAGCCAGCAUUAUCCGACAUAUCGAUUGAAUGGCAGAACUUCAACGACGUGGUCGACAUCGUACAGGCUCCAGCCAUGUUUAGCGCCCUCUUCAAUAACUCCAGGCUCGUUGUCUAUGGUUUCGCUCCUGACUGUACAAUGGCAAAACUGAGAGCUAAAGUUAAGGGUCGAGAGAUAUCAACGAUCGUAUCAACGUCCGAACUAAGCAUUACAACAGGACAUGUGAUACACAGAUUGGCAGCGAGAUCAAUCAUACAAGACUGGUCUUGCGGAACACUUUCAAUGAAUCAACUAGAAGAUGAAGUGAUUAAAAGAUUAAGAAUGAAGUACAUUAUAAAUCUGAGCAUUCAACACUCCAUCAUCACUCAGUACACGAGUUUCAUUGCUGUCGAGGAAAGAAAGGAGAAUGAACAGUUCCAUACUAUUGAUAAAGGCAAAAUUGUGAAAGAUUGCGUUGUGGACCAACUGCCUUAUAUGGACUGGAGACCAACCAUUUGCAGAGUCAAACUUCUCACUCACGACGGUCAGAGCACGUACGCAGACAUCAAAGAAUCCAGUACUUUAAAGGACCUGAUAUCCAUGAUACCAACAAUCAUCACGUCAUCUUCCACCGACAACUUCGUCCUCUGGACUCUGACCGAUGCCAUUUUCCUGAAUGUUGCUGACAUGGAGAUGAACGUUUGGGAUUUAUAUGGCAGUCUGGUGGAUGGAGUUCUCUGCCUGCCAACUUCGAUCAAUAUCACAGAUGAGAAAUCCAUCCUAAGUAAUGCAGACUUCAGAAAAGAGCAAGUGCGACUGCUACUUUCGAGCAUUGAUACUAUCAGUCGUGGGGUCUUCGAAAAGAUAUUCGAUCACAUCCCUAUGAAGUUGGAAACAUUACACAAGUCUACCGAGGCUUGUUUGGAAGGUGGACAGCACGAAGCCGUUGGUUUCGCUUAUGUUGAUGAUGAUUUUUCGUUCAGAAAUCUCAGCAAGAAUGUUGAGCUCCAAGAUGACGAAGAUAUGCCUCUGCACGAAUCAGAAGAAGAAAACGAAACUGGUUUUAUUUCACCAUUAAUUAUUACAAAUGGACCAUUCCAACAAACACACGCACCACCCCCUUUGUCAUACGCACCCCAUCCUUCACUGCACGCACCCCCUCAUCUACUAUUUGGACAACCUCCAUCACUUGCACCUCUUCUACCUUCCCAGAAAGCACUUGCACUUCAGAAAGUAUUUCAUCAGGUGAAGCUUCAAAAAGAUUCUGCUUCAGAGCCAUCAUCACUAAAGUUAAAAUUUCCACCACACCCAUUGGCCACACCAGCACCACCCCAACCCCCACCCCCACCGCAACAAGCAGCAGCACUGACAGGCCGUUCCAUGCCAACUUAUUCUGAAAUGUCUGCAAUAAGUUCUGACCAAUCAACUGUUGCAGCAUCCUUUCUUGAGUCACUGCCUGAUUCGUCAUCGUUGAGGUUUAGAACUGCUAAGAACGCUCUAGUAGAGGAAACAAAACUGAGAAGAAAACAAGCUCUUCCACUUAAAAGCGAUUUGCCGCUGCCACCAUCUCCACUGCCAAGAAACUCACUUCUAACGAAUUUACUUGAAUCUGCCUGUGCAAAGGAAUUUGAAUUGUCACCCCCAGUAAUGCUUGGAAGGAAGAAGACAACAGUAGAAAGUAGUUGUUUUGUUGCUUCUAAAAGUUUGCGGUUGUUGGAACCGGAGCAGCUGCAGUUACAACAACAGCAGCAACAACAACAAAAACAACAGCUGCAGCAGCUGAUUCAGCGACAAACUGUUCAUGAAUAUAGGCCAUUUGAAAAAAAACCUAAAGAUGACCAUCGCUUUCGUCGGCCUAAGUCUGAUGAUAAGAGAAUAUUUAAUGAGAUAUUUCUGAGAAAGGCGGUUUAUAACGAUUACGAUUACGAAGACGACGGUGACGGUAAUAGUAGAGCUGAUAUUGUGGAGUCAUGUUGUUCAAGCAAAGCACCGGAUCUGUCACGUAGUAGUUCCUCACGUAGUAGUUCCUUCAAAGUCUGUGUAGCCGAUGCAGCUUUUAAGGACGGCGGUUGGAGGAGCUUUUACGGAAAAAGAAAAAAAUAUAAAUUGAAAAGGAAUAUUGCAGCGGAUAUAGCGAGUGAGAAAGAUGAAAGUUCUUGUGACGAUUCGCUGUCGUCCAUGGUGGACAUGUUUGAAGAAGGUCAGCUGGAAAACCAACUUGAAGAAGAUGAUGGAGAUGAAGAAGAUCGUGCAACUAUUAACAACGUGAAAACUUUUGUGAAAGAGUUGGACAAAUUGUUGGCUCUAGCAAUUGAGGAUGGCCAGGAAGUAGCUUAUUGGGAGCCAAACGAGGAAGUGGAAUCCCUGCUGAGAUGUAAAGUGAAAGUCGACAUCGGAGAUAUUUGUAAAAAUUUUCCUGGAGUUUACGGCGCAGAUGAUUUCCAACGUAUCAACCGUUUCUACGUCCUGCACCUUGCAGUUUGCCAUGCCAUCCGCACGAUGAAACGUCUCCAGUUGAACUUCUCCAAACUGGCCUCUUACAUUUGGGACUAUCUGCCAUACAAGAAGGCCGUUCUUAUCUGCAAACUCGUCUAUUACUUCAUGACGAUUCGGAAAAUGUAUCCAAAAAUUGCUGAUGGAUGGAGUAAUGAUUUUGGAGAUGAAGACAUGAACAAGUUUAGUGGAUGAACUAUCAUACACUUAAAAUCGUUACAUAAUGACUUAACAUUUAUUUGCUAUCGUUUAUUAAUAAUGUUUCUGAUAUAAACAUUUUUGUUCGUCUGCCUUUUUUUAUAUCCUAAUAUCGUUUACCACAACGGUAGUUUAAUUUUUUAUCGAAUCGUAGUUAAAAUGAUUUGCAAGCUGAAUGACUAAUGGUGGACAGUACUCGGUGAAAAUUGUGAUAUUAAUUUGUAACGAAAUUAUUAAACUUUGUUUUAGAAAAAUUAAUGCCAGAACUUCAUUUUUCAUUUAUCGAUAUUUCCUUCAACAAACGAUUGUUGAGUAGUUAAGCUGACGUUUGUUGAAGGGUGCGCCAGAUAUAUAGGCUGCAACAUUUUUGUAUGUUUUUCUUGGCAAAGUAAAAGAAUUUAAUUUCGGUU